UACGGACGAUGCGGUGGGCGGCCAUGGUGGAGCAAGGGCACCCGGAGCUAGCUAGCGGCUGCGAGUCUGAUGUCUUUGAAACUGACCUCCCAAUAACUAUCUUAGUGCUGAGUGAUGACGAUUUUCUAGAAGAUGAAGAACAGGAAGUCUCAACAGGUAAUGAUUUGAACAGUCAGGAGAAGGAAGAGGGAACUGCUUUGAAUAAUGGCAGCACCAUAAAAAACACAGAGGAAGAGCAGAGGCCUUCAGAUGAUGAUAACAUUAUAAGGAGUCAGGAAGAGGAGACCAAUUUGAAUGAGGACAAUGUCACACAUUUCAGCACUUUGAAUGAGGCCUACUGUGUUGUAAAAUAUCCAAAGGAAAUUUUAAGAAAUGAGGAGGAAGAGGAGAUUACUCUGAAUGAGGACAACAUUGUAAAUUAUCCAGAUGAAAUUUUAGAGAGUCAGGAGGAAGAGGAGACCACUUUGAAUGAGGACAAUGUUGUAAAAUAUCCAGAGGAAAUUUUAAGGAAUGAGGAGAAAGAGAAGACUACUCUGAAUGAGAACAAUGUUGUAAAAUAUCCAGAAAAAAUUGUAGAGAGUCAGGAGGAGGAGGAGACUGCUUUGAAUGAGGACAAUGUUGUAAAAUAUCCGGAGGAAAUUUUAGAGAGUCAAGAGGAAGAGGAGACCACUUUGAAUAUGGAAAACACUGUGAAAUAUCCAGAGGAAGAGCAGGUUUCUUUGAGUGUGUGUGAGAAACAUUCCACCCAAGUUUUGGUAACUGAUCCAGAUGCUCUGAGCCAUAGUAAAUCCAGUCCAAAUGAUGAGCCUUCUACAUCACCUUCUGCAUCAACUUCCAGAAUAGUCCCUGUGGAUAUAAGCAAGUGUGCUGAAGGCAAAGGACACGAGAAUGAUGACAAUUCUCCAAAGGUUCUUUUUUUUCUGUCACGUGCUGAGAAUGAGGGUGGGGACAGUCUGACAAAUGGACAGGUGAUUUUGGGAACAAUAUUUACAAAUGAAAAGGAACUAAGGACUAAUGAAAACAACAGCAGUCAAGAAAACCCACCAAAAACCCAUUGCACGGAUAUGGAGACAUGUGUUCACACUGAAGAUCUUUCCCCUUCAGAGAACAAAAAUAAUGAAGCUGAAGAUAAAACAAGAAAGGAACGUGGUUCUGAAGAUGAAACUCUAAAUUCUGGAAAACUUAACAACAUUCAAGAAGAUCUAAAUGUUGUAGAAGAAAGAGAGAGUGUUCAAAGUACUUCUGCCCCAGUUGAUAAUGAAGACUCUUCUAUAUUGGAGGAUAUGCCAGAAAAUGCAGGUGAAUCGGCAAUGAAUGAUAUCGAAUCCAUUAUUUCUGAAGACCGUGUCCAUCUAUCAUUACCUUCAUCUUCUAGAGAAAUGGAUAAUUCAGAAAAUCCUGAUAUGUCUCAUGUGAUUACAAAACAUUUAAAACAACUGGAUGUAAAACAGCAAGAAGAGACGUUGCUACUACACGAGUACAACAGCAAAGCACUUUCUCUGAGAUUGUCUGCAUAUAAGCAUAAGAAGAGGCUGAAUUUCAAAUGCAGGUUUUGUAGCUCUGCAUAUAAAUGUACCAGUCUUCUAAAGAAACACAUUUACUCAGUACAUCAAGAUAAAAAAAUACACAAAUGCUACUUUUGCCAAAGAACCUUUUUCUUUUUUAUCAAUCUGAAAUUCCACCUUGCAUUUCAUAAGGCAGGGUUAAAAUAUAUAAGAAAAUAUAGCAAAGUGAACAUUGCACAAGAUGGAAAAAACAUAGAGCAAGCACAAUCUUUGGAUAAGAAAAAGGAAAGUAAAUAUGAGACAUUUUUCAUCAAAAUUGGAAGGGAUUUUAAAACGAUAGAUACUCCAACUUUUUUUUCUUGCAAAGUGUGUCUCUUUGCUUCACCAAAUCCUAAAGUUUUUAUUUAUCACAUGAAGGGACAUAGAGACACACCGCCUUAUCAGUGUCCUGAGUGUGACUAUUCCUGCAUUAGCUUGUCUUACAUGCUGAAUCACAUGUACUGGCAUGCUGGCUAUGAGCUGUAUAAGUGCAGGUUCUGUAAUUUUUUCUCGCUGUAUUUUGCAAGCAUGAUAAGACACAGCUACAUGCAUACAGGGGCCAAACCAUAUUCCUGUGAAUUUUGCCAGUCAGCAUUCACAAGUACAAGUGGCUUAAAGCGCUGCAGAAGUAUGCAUCCUGGCAAAGAACUGUGCAGAGUCCAUCAACACCUCAGCUUUUCAGUCCUGGAGAGGAGAAAUGAAAGACCUUCAAGGAGUUACACGUGUGAUCAGUGUAACAUUGUAUUUUACACUAAACGACACUUGCGCUUUCAUAAGAAAUUUCACAAACAAGUUGAAGGUUAUGCUUACAUGAAUGAGGGUGACAGCUGUCAUAGAAGUGAAGCAUAUGGAGAUGACGGAGAUUUCCCAAAGGAUCAGAUUCCUCCUUCUGCUUCUAACAAUAGUGAUGAUGAUCACUUGGUUAAUGAAACAUACCUGGACUUAGCUUCAGGAUCAGAGUUUAAACAGGGGAGUGAUCUCCAGAGGGAUAUGAAUACAAGGUUCGACACACAAUUUUGCAAAAGUAGCCAGCAGCAAAGUAACAAGCUGUCUAUUGUAGGCAAUGGAUCAGAAAAUCUUCCUAAUACUUACCAGCAUGAUUUUGUGUUGCCGAAAUUGUCUCAAGAGGUCGCUCAUUCACAAGUUCCAGGAUGUAAUGAAAUUGUUACAAAUUAUGAGCCUCUGGAAAGUGUUAUACCUAAUGCCACAUGGUCACCCAGUAGGACUUCUUUCAAACUGUUCAGGUGUCAACACUGUGAUUAUGCCACUUACAUGUAUAGCAACCUUAAAAUGCAUUUGAGGACACACACUGGUGAAAAACCAUUUGAGUGUAAUGAAUGCAGCAAGAUGUUUCGGACCUCUAGCCAUUUGCGGAGACAUAGCUACAUGCACUUACAGGAAUGUCAUAAAUAUGAUGAUUCUUACCUGUAUUUAGGGAACAGUUCAAAACAUAUUAAAAAGCAUUGUAAAACUCAGAAGGGCACAACUCUAAGAAGAGAUGAUCUUAGUUCUUUGGAAGACUUGGAGCGUGUCCAUUCCGUGUUCAGCCCAGAAAGCUUUGAGAAACAGAUGGAUCUUUACAGGGGCAAAGAAAGCAAAAAUGCUCUGCCAUCACGAAGUCAAGCCGAAUACUACAAGUGUGCAGAGUGCAAUUACACAACAUACGUUUUGAGUAACCUUAAGCUCCACAUCAUGAUCCACACAGGUGAAAAACCCCACACCUGUGAUAUUUGUGAGAAGAAGUUUCGUACCUCAAGUCACCUAAAUCGACACAAGCUCCUGCAUUUCAACAUGGAGCUCUUCAAAUGUAAAACCUGUGACUAUUCAACAGACAAAUGGCAAACUCUCAAGCAGCAUCUGGUUUCACAUAUGGAUGGUACCAAGCUCCGAGAGCAGUCACCACUAUCUGUCAAAACCUACAGGUGUCAAGAGUGUGACUAUGCCACUGCUCACAGUGGAAAUCUGAAGCAACACUUGCGAAUUCAUACAGGUGAAAGGCCAUACACGUGCGACCAGUGUGCUCUUGCUUUCCGCACAUCAAGCCACCUCAAGCGCCACUUGCUGACUCAUUUGACGUUACACUGCAAUACCUGUGAGUUUUCCACUAGGGAUAAAUAUGCUUUGAAGAAGCACAUAAAAGUGCACAAGGAUAAACCUGCAGAUACCUGAAGUUCAAUGUAAUGCUUUCCAUCCUCAGUUUUGUAUAGAACCAUCAAUCAGCAGUGUUUGAAGACUGGACAGUAAAAUAGGAUUCAUUAAAAUUUGGGGUUAUAAGCUCCAGGAAGUUCACAGUAUUUCAAACAUGUUCUUUGCCCUGCAUCCACUAUGCGAACUGUCCUCAAUUUUAAAGUUGCUGUGGUAAAAAUUGUGGAAGCACCCAUGGGAUCUGGGCUAUAGUACACUGAAUGGAAAUUAAGGGAUGAUGCAUAAAGCUGACAUAAACCACAUGUACAUUUCUCAGUUUAAGUUCCAUCAUGUGCUGUGUUAAAAAGACUCAAAGCUGUUAAAAGCCCAGUGUAGUUUAAGAAAAGGGUGAAAAUCUAGGCCAGGGUUGGUAUAGGAAAGAGUUGUUCUGUAAGUGCCCACCUAAUCAAUAAAUACACUUUUGCACCACCUACCAUUGCCUUGUGAGCAAGGAUGUGAGGUACUGUUUGAGUUCCUGUACUUAUUUUCAGUACAGGCCCCACCUUUAUAUUAGGCUGAUCCUCUGUGUACCACAUAAUUGAGGUGUGCAGACAAAACGUAUUUAAGUGAAAGAAUUUUUAAUCCAAUUCUUUCUAGCACAUCAGCAACUUGCAAACUAAAAAUUGCAGAGUUGUUUGAAAAAGUAGUUGAAAAUGGAUCCCUCCUCCCAUUUGCUGUAUCUUGCAAUCCCUGUUCUGGGGUUUUUCUAUACCAAUGUCCAGAGGACAGACUUAAGAAAAUAACUUAUGGAACCAGGUCAUGGCAAUCACCAAAUUAGAGAUGUACGAUGUCGGUUAAAUGGGUACGUGCAAACACAUUCCAGUCAAUAGAUUACUAGCCACUGAUCCUUGUCAAUACCUUGGCUUUUCAGUCCUGGAGAGGAGAAAUGCAAGACUUUCCAGAGUCACCCUUCACCACUUUUUUGAAUGUGGCAACAUCCCCAGUUGUGAACCACUUUGUUGCUGGCUCAGCUUACCUCAGUGCUUCUCAACCAGGUGUUGCUGCCUCCAGGUAAAACUGCCGUACUUGCCUGCUGCACAGCGAGACUGAGAAUGGCUGUGGCACGUGUGUGUGAUCUUCCUGUGUAGGGCUCUCUGAUUAACGUAAAGCAGGCAGGAGCUACCUCCUACUGUAGCCCUUCCCAGUUCAGCACUCCCAGGAGCACUUGCACCUCUCAUGCCUCUGAUUCCAGGUCGAGUGGGAAAAGGGACAGACUGGGAAGACCUACAGUCUGAGCCAGCUCCUGCCUGCUUUAGGGUUAUCAGAGAACCCUAAUGCAAAAGUAAGUGUGGCAUCGCAGCACUCCUGCAGGUGUCUCUUAGCACUCUGGUUGAGAAUCAUUGAUGUGAACGCACCUUUUGAUGCUUAUUUACUUUUCCGGCAGCCUGACAGAAAUAAUUGUGUAUAUUUUGCGUGCCACCAUUUUAGUGGCCUAAUUUUGUGAGAUGCUGAGCAUCCUCAAAACUUGUUUCUGGAUAAAUACCAAACUUGUUUGCAACAAAAAAAGUUGGAAGUGGAAGCUACAAAGAGUGGUUGGCUCCAGCUGAGUCCACCACUUGUAUCCAUGUUGUUGUGCAGCCCAGUCCAGAAAAUCUUCUCCAGGGUCAUAAACAUUUCAGAGAAAAAGUAUGGGUCUUUUAAUGUUUUAUUAUUAUUUUAGGUAAUAGUUAUUUAAAGGAGAUUUUUCUUAGAACUGCUUGUUUCCCAUGUACCUUGUUUUUUAAUAAAGUUCAUAACCCAUGAAGAGUUUUGUUUAUGUAGGAUUGUAGAUCAAAUAAAUUAUUUUAGAAGAGGUGACUAAGUUGAUUCCUGCAUCUGUUAUAAAUGUGGACUGCUGUUUCUGAAAAAUACACUUCAGUUCAUGGUCUACAUUGCUGCCCAUAUCUUUUGAAAAAUUCUCUGCUACCCAUAUGGAAAAGAUAAAUAAUGGAAAUAUGUUGUAUCUCUGUUCAUCAGUUUGUAUAAAACUAUGUUCAGAUAAUGUUCAUGGUUUUGAUGUACAUUUCCAGUAUUAAAGUCUUAAAUGUGUUAAAAUAA